AUAUCUCUUUUUUAGGAAGUCUGUCUGUAAUGUCUCCUAAAUCCUUCUUGCUGCAGCCUACCACCAGCCGAACCCCGCCCAUCUCCUCCAGGGUCCGGUCAUUCGCAAAUUCCGGGGCCUCAGAGGCCACGCCCCUUCCGCUUCCGGAUUUUCUCCAGUCAUUCGGCCCCGCACCCGGUUCCGGCCCCGCGGGGCCUCGGUUCCGAGUUCAUUGCGCCGGUUCCCGGAUCCGGCGGGUCUCUUGGACCGACCCGGCCGCGCGCAGCCCCCGUCAGGUGUCGGGACUCCCCGGACCCACCCCAGCAGUCCCUCGCUCUCUGCCGCCCCGGCCCACUUCGUCCCCGGUCCGUGCAGUCCUCGCCGCCCCAUGGAGUCCCAGUGCGACUACUCGAUGUACUUCCCGGCUGUGCCGCUGCCGCCGCGCGCGGAGCUGGCGGGGGACCCAGGCCGGUACCGGACGCUGCCCCGGCGCAACCAUCUCUACCUGGGGGAGACUGUCCGUUUCUUGCUGGUGCUGCGCUGCCGGGGCAGCGCGGGCUCCGGCGUCGGGGGUGGCCCAGGCUUGGGGUCCCGUGGGGCCUGGGCGGAACUGGCGACCGCACUGGCCGCCCUGGCCUCGGUCAGCGCCGGAGGCGGGGCGCCCGGUGGCGGUGGCUUUGGCGACCAGGAUCCUGAACCUCCAGGGGGCGGGGAUCCUGGCGGUGGGGGGUUGUUUCGAGGCUGCAGCCCCCUUCUCACCCACGGCCCGGGCCCUGCUACCUCAGGGGGAGCGACCACGCUGCCUGUGGAGGAACCAAUCGUGUCCACAGAUGAGGUCAUCUUCCCACUCACUGUUUCACUGGAUAGACUGCCCCCAGGGACACCUAAAGCCAAGAUUGUAGUGACCGUGUGGAAACGGGAGGUUGAGGCACCAGAGGUCAGAGAUCAAGGCUACCUGCGCUUGCUGCAGACCCGAUCUCCUGGGGAGACCUUCCGGGGCGAGCAGAGCGCUUUCAAGGCCCAAGUGAGCACCCUGCUGACUCUGCUGCCCCCUCCAGUUCUGAAAUGCCGCCAGUUCACUGUGGCUGGAAAACACUUGACCGUUCUCAAGGUGCUGAACAGCUCGUCCCAAGAGGAAAUUUCCAUCCGGGAUAUCCGCAUUCUCCCAAACUUCAAUGCCAGUUAUCUACCUGUCAUGCCUGAUGGCUCUGUGCUGCUGGUGGACAAUGUCUGUCACCAAUCUGGGGAGGUCUCCAUGGGCUCCUUCUGUCGGCUCCCUGGUACCUCUGGCUGCUUCCCCUGCCCACUCAGUGCCCUGGAGGAACACAACUUCCUGUUUCAGCUGAGAGGGGGUGAGCAGCCACCUCCAGGGGGCAAGGAGGGCCUAGAAGUCCCCCUGAUUGCUGUGGUUCAGUGGUCCACCCCGAAGCUGCCCUUCACACAGAGCAUCUACACCCACUACCGCCUGCCCAGCAUCCGCCUGGACCGCCCGUGCUUUGUGAUGACUGCUUCAUGUGAGUCCCCUGUUCAGACCUACGAGCGUUUCACUGUCACCUACACGCUGCUUAACAAUCUCCAAGACUUCCUUGCUGUGAGGCUCGUGUGGACCCCAGAGCACGCGCAGGCUGGAAAGCAGCUGUGUGAGGAGGAGCGCCGAGCCAUGCAAGCUGCCCUAGACUCCAUUGUCUGCCACACACCCCUCAACAACCUUGGCUUUUCCCGGAAGGGCAGUGUGCUCACCUUCAGUGUGGCCUUCCAGGCUCUAAGGACGGGGCUCUUUGAGCUGAGCCAGCAUAUGAAACUGAAGCUGCAGUUUACUGCCAGCGUGUCCCACCCUCCGCCUGAGGCCCGGCCCCUCUCUCGCAAGAGCAGCCCCAGCAGCCCUGCUGUCCGGGACUUGGUAGAGAGGCACCAGGCUAGCCUGGGCCGCUCGCAGUCCUUCUCCCACCAACAGCCUUCCCGCAGCCACCUCAUGAGGUCGGGCAGUGUGAUGGAGCGCAGGGCCAUCACACCCCCUGUGGCCUCCCCUGUUGGCCGCCCCCUCUACCUGCCCCCGGACAAGGCUGUGCUCUCUCUGGACAAGAUUGCCAAGCGUGAGUGCAAGGUCCUGGUGGUGGAGCCCGUCAAGUAGCACCAUGCUGACUCCUUUCCCUUACACUCCCAGAAACCCAGCGCCCCCAGAGGGGGUCCUCGCUCUAGGCUGUGCCUCCCCAAGGCUGCCUCCCACUGUGGGUGAGGAGGCCCCAACAGGCUGCCUGUCUGUGUCUGCGGAUGAGGGAAGAAGCUGUGAAAUGGGCGGGUAUGGCUGCAGCACUAUGCCAACAGUAUUUCCUGAGGGAGGGCUGGCCCCUCCCCUUGGCCAGGGCAAGGGCUCCAAGAGCUCCCUUGCCCCCUGCCUUGUACCCUGGUUCUAAGUUUACAAACUGUCUUCUCAUUCCUAUUAAGUUUUCUUUCCCACCUUUGACAUUCCCUCCCACCCACCCACCCACCCCAGGGCUGAGAUUAGAGGGUGGUGAUGGUAAAGGGACCCUGACAAUGACCCUCCUGUAUCAGGGGUGAGGGAUGAUAUAGCUAGGUGGCCUCCUCCUGCUCCUCAUGUUUACGUUUGCAGCCUGAAGCACUUUAAGUUGUGUGGGGUUUUUUCUUUUUUUUGUCUGUUCCAGUAACUUAUUCUCCAACUACUGCUUCCAACUGAAAUAAGACUAUUAAAUGCCUGUUCAGGAGGGAGAA